GGCGAAUGGUUCACUCCGAAGACACGGAGCAUGUGAAUCAAAAUGAAAACACUGAGUGCCAUCAGAUACACACUAGGAAGAAAGGAAAACCGGAGGGAUGCGAAAAAGCCAGGGUUAUCAUGAUAUCGAAUCAAUAUGAAAGCAUCUGGACCCGUUUUAACCAUUUAAGUGAACCGGUUUCACGCUGUAGGCUCAACAUCGUGACACACUAACGUUAGUUGUCUUGUUAUUAGAUCACAGACUGGAUUCUGAAUGCUUCGGAAUGAGGGAAAACAUUGUCACAAAAGGAUGCUAAAACUGAAUUAUCAGUGCUUGCUGUAAGCAAAUAAACCCUCUGCUGUCGAGCUGUCACGGCGGAAAAUUGUAGUGGAUGGAAACCUUCUCUGCGCCUUCUACCUUCCACAUGACCCCAUUCUCCCUGUUUGCUUGGCUUCCCUAAAGAUACGUAGUGCUCUCUAACACACAAGACAGCAUGACGUCCCCUGCCCAGUUUCUGGCCUUUAAGCUCUCGCUGCCAUCUAAUGACGGGAGUCCGGAGCGUCUGUUCAGCUGCGACGAGGACAUUGAACGGCGCUAUGAGGUGGUCCCGUCUGUCGUCUGCUCCAUGUGCUGCCUGUUUGGCAUCAUCUACUGCUUCUUCGGGUACCGUUGCUUUAAGGCUGUAAUGUUCCUCACGGGUCUGAUGUUUGGCUCCAUCAUCAUCUUCAUGCUCUGCUAUAAGGAGCGGGUCAUGGAUACUCAGCUAAGUGUGGAGGCCAGUGUGGGCAUCGGCCUGGGAAUUGGCACAUUGUGCGGUCUAGUCACAAUGCUAGUCCGCAGCGUGGGGCUUUUUAUGGUUGGACUUCUUCUGGGUUUGCUAGUGGCCCUGGCCUCUCUGGUGGUUCUGGAGGAGUUUUACCACCCGAGGACAGUGUGGCUUCCCCUGGGCGUGCUGCUGGGCUCGGGCAUGCUGUUUGCGGUGCUCACUCUACAGUGGCAGCGCUGUUUCACCACCAUCUCCACCGCCGUCUUUGGAUCCGCCGUGGUGACUGUGACUGUGGAUUAUUUCGUGGAGCUCUUUGCUCUGACCCGCUACAUCUACGAGAGGGUGAAGGUGGAUCCACCUCGACAAGUAUGUUGGUUCACAUGGGUGGUCAUGGGAGUUUGGCCUGUGCUGGCGCUGCUGGGUGUUCUUAUUCAGUGGAAGGUCACGGCUGAAGGAUAUUCUCACACUGAAGUCUUCAUCAAUCACCAGCAGAGACGAGUGCAGCUAAUGCGAAUCCGUCAAAAAGAGGAGCGCAGGGAAUGCCGAAAGAAAAAGAAGAAAAAGCCACAGAAACAGCCGCCACAGCAACAGCAACAGAAGUACCACCACCCCCCUCAGACCAAUCCUCACCCCCCAAAUCCUCCACCAAAAGUCCAGCAUCCCGAGCCAACCCACCGCCGGAAGCCCAACACCAUCCGCCGCUUCGAUGGAGAUGUACUUUCUCCGAGUUACAUCCAGAACUUCCGUGACAGACGUGCCGACAGAAGGGGAUACUCUCAUGGGCGCUUGAUUGGCGGCUCACACGUUGUCGAUUUGGACUAUGACUACGGCUCCCAAGUGCCCCUAACAGCCCACACAGGCCCUGUGGUGAGAGGUUGACCUCAUAUCUUCUCCUCAACAGGAACUGCACUGCACGAACCAUUCCGAGAACUUUUGCUGCCGGAUGAAAUCUAGAGCAUGUGGUUAUCUUACAGUCAUCCAAAUGGCUGACAGGACUAUCAUACCCAGAUCGAUUUGCUGUACUGUCAUGAUUUCUUUCGUCUUUAUUACAGAGAAGUUGCAGCUAAUGGAUCGUUUGCCUAAAAAACAACGCGUAACCACAGUAGGACUCUCGCAUUCAACUCCACUUUAUAUGGCUGAAGAUGGUUGUGGUAUGUUUGCCUGCAACUUUCCCUUAAUUAGGCUGCCGUUUCAAUCCGUCCGAGAAGAGCGGUCUCAUUAUAGCAGCGGCCGAUUUAAAGAAAAUCCAUUAUGUUCCAUCUGAACGCGGGACCAAAUAUGGCCUUGGCUUUUAAGGGACUAAAGUGUCAUAAAGCAUGCACGGCUUCUGCUAGACAGACUCUUCGUAUAUCCAGUUUACAGAUUUAGACUUCAAUCCUCCUGUUGGUUUCUGACCUUUUAAAGAUGUUUUCGAUAACAUUUAUGUUUACAGCACAGGCAGGGAAGUGUGUGUGGUUUUUUGUAACUGUUUCAAAAGGCUUUAUCUGCUCUGUGUCAGGGCCUACACAAAAUCUGUCAAACCGUGUUCGGUGAACUCAGUCUCUGUUUAAUCUGAGCCCAUUGCACAAGCAUACAGUAUGAUGAUUUGUGCAUCUGUUAGCCAAUGUAUGUGGGGAAAGUGCCACCAUUGCAUUUUUGCUGUAGAUAUACAUGUUUUUCAGCCUGCUUUUAUGUGUUCGGUUACACUACAGAUUAAAAGUUUGGAAUAGUUAUGAUUAAAGCUGUAUAUAGUUUACUUGAUUUGAAAUACAGUAACAUUGUGCAUCUUCUUUUUUUUACAAUUUAAUAUAUUUUUAAACAAUUAUUUCUUUGAUGCCAAAGUAUUCGAAACUUUGGGAAAAGAUUACAUAUAGCUAUAUAAAUAUUAGGGGUACGUAACUGAUCCCAACCCACAGUUCGGAACGCACAUGACCCACAGAUUAAUAACAAAGAUAUGCGGUACAGGCGAAUUGGGUUGGCUAAAUUGUCCGUAGUGUAUGAGUGUGAGUGUGUAUGGAUGUUUCCCAGAGAUGGGUUGCAGCUGGA